UAUUAAAUGGGCUUUUUGAAAGACCAGAUCGAGCCGCUAUUAUACCCUGCUUACCUAUUGGUAUUGUACCAAGUGGCUCCGGUAAUGGCUUACUCUCUUCGCUUUUCUUCAGCUGCGGGGAGCCUUUGAGAAACCCGAAAUUCACGAAGAGAGCCAUAGAAAUUGCCUGUUCACCAUGUGCUCAUGGUCAAGCGGUAAAUCUGAUUCACGUGCAAACUGAUGAGGCCAACUUCGCAGCAUUUCUUAGUAUAGGAUGGGGCCUGAUGGCAGAAAUAG